AGUAAUAAGCUGUGGACUAUAGGAGUACGUCUACUCUGGCCUUUUUGCGGUGUGAGAGGCAGAGCUGAGAUCAGACGAGCAAAACUGAGAAGAGGUGAGGAAGAUGGGCAUCUCGAUUUCACCAGUCAUGGUCACCGUGGCGGCGCUUCUGGUGGCGUCGACAUCGGCUGUGGUGGCAAAGGCGUGGCGGAGGAACGACACCUCCCCGACGGCGUAUGAGGUGUUGGAGGAGUACGGCUUCCCGGUGGGUCUGCUGCCCAAGGGGGUACAGUCCUACGACCUCCAUCCCUCCACCAGAAAGUUCUCCGUCCGGCUCGGCGAGACCUGCAGCUUCUCCCUGCAAGACUCCUACGACAUCAAGUAUAGGUCCACCAUCACCGGCCGCAUCUCCGACAAGAGGUUGUACGAUCUCAAUGGGAUCAGCGUGAAGGUGCUGUUCUUCUGGUUCAACAUUGUCGAGGUUUCCGUCGCCGGCGACGUCGUCUAUUUCUCGGUCGGGAUCGCGUCGGCGAGCUUCCCGGCGUCAAAUUUCGAGGAGUGCCCGCAAUGCGGGUGCGGCAUGGACUGCAUCUCCGUCGCCGCCGCCUCUGCGGCAUGACUUUGAGGUGAGUGCCGUGAACGGGGCGGUUUGUUUCUGGUGUGAUUACUUCGUUAAACGAAGUUUUUCUGAGAUGAAGGAGGCUUCAACUUCAAGCUUCACAAGUCGGAUCGAUUCUCCAGCUGCCGGCCAAUGUCAUUGAAUAAAAAGUCUUUCCGUGAUCGGAAUUUUAGGUG